AUGCCGCAUCAUCAGAUAUAUAGCAUAGUUCCGUCAUUUGACGCGGGUAGUGACCAUCUUCUGGUACGGGCUAGGUUAACCUUCAGAGAGAAGGUCGGUAGGAAGGCACUACAGAGGGCAGAUCACAGACAACAACAAAAGGUACUCGUCGAGGCGGUGCUCCAAGCGCGCAUUUCCAGCGAAGACUGCAGACAGAAUGACAACAGACAGGACGACUACGGGAAUUUAGCCGAGAAACCGAGGUGCUGCGUAAAGUCAGCCAGCAGCAGCAUCAGAGAGAGAGAGAGAGAGCGAAGGAAGGAUGUCAUAAGAGACAAAGAUCUUGUUGACGAGACGGAGGAAGAUGAAAAGAGAUGGGACCGACACGGUGUAGUACUCUGUUUUUAG